UCUAUGAUCAAAGAUGAGGUUAAUUUUCGCUAUGAUUUAAAUGUAAGCAGAGCUUGCUUGAAAUUUCAAAAAUUAUAGAAUUUGACGCUGUUUCAAAACUAAUCCGUAAAAUUAUGAGUUCCAUCGACAACGUAACAACUCUAGAUAUAGAAGUGCCUUUCGAAAAUUCCAGAGUUGCAGAAGUAGUUUACCAUACACUUCAAGUUGAUACAGAACCAAAACGUGGUGGUACUAGGAAAAAUUUGGUUCUAGAAGGAAACAAACUCAUUGCUAAAUUUCAUGGAAGUAAUUUAUCUAGUCUCAGAACAUCUGUAAAUAGUUUUUUUGAUAACAUUCACCUCAUAACGGAAACAAUUCAGUUGGUAGGACAACCUCUAAGCGAGAGCUACAGCCAUUUCUAGGAUGCCUGAGCAC